CAUCUGGUUGACGAUGCUCCUUCUGAGUUCCACAUCAUUUGCACGCAAGGCUUCAGGAGGAAUAACUUUUGUUUACAAACACGACAGGACGAAUUGGCGCAUUUGGUUUGGCAGACAUCACCGUGCGUUAUUGAAUUGAUAUUAGUUUGUUUAAAAUACAUAUUUCCAAAACUUCACACUUUCAUGCCUCAACAGCCUGGCAUCUAGGGGCGCGUCUAGAUUUCUAGGCUACCUGGCAUCCUCAUGAAUUGGGAAUUUGAGUUAUUCGGCCAAUUACAAUAUAACGGACGAAGUCGGACUGUAUAGCUAUCCAAUCUAUGCCAACUGCGGAUAUUCAAAGCUUGGAGUAUCAGAAAUGCUUGGCCAGAGAGGGUUUCGUAUAUUUCAUAUGUAAGAGGAGUGGUCAUCAUUCGGCACGGCACGACUGACUUUUACGCGCCGCUGACCAAAGAUGCUGUCGGGAUUGGAGCCAACGAACUGUACUGUGUGUUGCUGCACGCUUGCCAACAAAAUACUGAUGGUGGUGUUCAUGAUCUUAUUGAUCUUUGCCAUACUGUUUGGAAACUCCGUAACGUUGGCUGUGGUUUUUGGAACCAAACAUUUCCACACUCCUCAGGGUUACCUCAAAGCAUCACUGGCCACGGCUGACCUAGCGGUCGGCGUUUUCGUGGUGCCUCUCUCCGUUUACGCAGAAGUUUCUCUUUUGAUAAACGGAUCCACACCAGAAUGGACAAUGCGCAAUUCACAAGACCUAACUUUACACCCAUGCAUUUUUAUCGGACCCAUGUUUGCAGGUUGCACAUUGGUUUCAAUCACUACUAUUUUCCUUCUUACUAUUGAACGGAGUAUCGCGGUUGUGAAGCCGCUGCACAAGGAGUCUGUGAUUACAAAGAAGAGAACAAGCGUCCUAAUAGUCCUUUCGUGGCUAGGGAGUUUUCUUUUGGCUGUAACUCCAAUUAUAUUUAGCAAAGACAUAUCACUGGAAUAUAACCCUUGCAGCAGGAUGUGCAAUUACGCAGUGGGAGGAAAUGGUUUUCCCUCUCAUGCGUGGAACAUUCUUUUACUUUUUCCAGUAUUUGACUUCACUCUUCUUGGGGGAACUAUGGUGAUAAAUAUCAUAUCCUUCUCUACCAUCCGCCAGCAUUCGAAGAGAAGGAAACAUCUAGCGGAGGCUGAUAGCCAGAGCAUCACCAAACCCACGUUUUCCGACAUAAAGGCUGCAAGAACCAUUGGAACUUUGACCUUAGCCUUCACGGCGUCUUUCACUCCCAUCGCUGUGUUUGUUGUCGGGAAUGUCAUAGGCAAUGAGUGGUGCAAUUUCUCUUUUUUUGCUUUCUGGAUACUAGCUACAAACAGUUGCUGGAACGUUAUAAUAUACAGCGUCAGAGACCAGAAGUUUAGACAUCGUGCGCAUCAGCUUCUGGCAUUGCCGCGUGGAAAGAAUGAUAACACCUAACAUGCAUGCAUAAGUUAUAUAUAUAUACUCUUUUGAUCCCGUGAGGGAAAUUUGGUCUCUGUAUUUAUCCCAAUCCGUGAAUUAGUGAAACACACUCAGCACACAGUGAGGUGAAGCACGCAUUAAUCCCGGCGCAGUGAGCUGCCUACAACAACAGCGGCGCUCGGGGAGCAGUGAGGGGUUAGGUGCCUUGCUCAACGGCACUUCAGCCGUGCCUACUGGUCGGGGUUCGAACCGGCAAACCUCUGGUUGCAAGUCCGAAGCGUUAACGGUAGGCCACGGCUGCCCAAACCAGGUUGCCGUUCCAAAAAUGUAGAUUAUAAUUUUAUAGCCUGUCAUAAUUCUAUGAAUUUAAUUUGAAUUACUGGAGUGAUAUCUCUAAAUGAAUGCCUUGCAUUUGUAUAUCCUCGACUGCCUGAAGAACUGGGCUUCUCUUGUAUUAUUUAUCAGUUUAUUUAUUUUUUAUUUUAUGUUUUGCAUGGGUCAGUUAUUUGGUUCUUGGUUGUGGGCAUGCUUAAUUUAUUGAUUUUUAAGUCAGUUGAGCAUGCUGUUAAUGUUAUUAAUAUUUAUAUUAUUAACACAAUUUGUUUACACACACUGUAAAAAAAAAUUUCAGUGUAGCUUUGAUGUAUAUUGCCAUGUUGCCUAUGUUCAGGGUUAUUUUUUUCAGUAUUACAUAGGGAUUGCUGUCAUACAUUGUUUUGUUCUGUGUGCAUGACACUGGAUGGGGGUCACCUUGACUGAAACGGACUUUCCCGUUUUUACAGAAUAUGGAAUGUAAAUAUGAACUGCUUUAAACAUCAAGGGAAUAGUGCAACUUUGAGCAUGGUUCAUUGGGGAAGGAGGCUGCAGGCAAGUGAUAACUGCAUCACUGCUGUUGUAACUGGCAUGCUUUCUUUUGACUA